AUGCUACUGCCGGUAUCUCACACUGAUAUUCCGGUCAACAUGAGCUCCCAGUACACGCCUUUGGAGGUGCCAAUUCCCCCAGGUCCGGACGCCUCUUUCUUCUCAGAGGCACAGUGGACCACUUUAUUUGCCUUGGCCGAUACAAUCAUUCCAUCUGUACGCACAGCUGCAACAGGCCGCUCAUCUGCAAACAAGGUCGUUUCCACUGCCGAGUGGGAUGCGGCUGUGACCAAACUCUCGUCCUUGAUCUCGAAGCCCGACGCUGUAGAGCUCGCGACAACUUAUCUUGAAGAAGAUGCGUCAUCGAAUCCAGUGUUCAGAGCAUGUGUUUGUCGAAUGAUCGGCCAUUAUGUGCAUGAAGAAGGGAAGAGUGGCUUUGGGUUAAUCAUGAAUGCGCUCAAUUCUCGAACGGGCUCGCUGGUUCUGACCGGAUCAACCACUCCAAUCCACCAACAACCCAUCGCGGUCCGAGAAAGGGUUUUUCGGGGCUGGGAGACAUCUCGACUGCCGCCUCUCCGUGCGAUUUACCGAGGACUGACGGCCAUUGUCAAGAAGUCAUGGGUCAUGUCCAGUCCGACCAUAAACCAGGUUCUGGGUUUUCCUCAUGUCCCUGUUCAUGGCAAGCCGAAUGACGGCUUCCCCCACGAGUUCUUGCAAUUUCCCCCAGGCAGCCAGCCUGAGACCAUCGAGGUCGACGUGGUUAUUGUAGGAAGUGGCUGCGGUGGUGCUGUGACCGCGAAAAACAUGGCGGAGGCAGGGCUGCGGGUGCUGGUUGUCGAAAAGUCAUAUUCUUACUCCAGUAAAUCGUUUCCGAUGAAUCCGAAUGAGGCGUACAUCAACAUGUAUGAGAAUGCAGGCGCUACAAUCAGCGAGGAUGGAACAGUGGCGGUCCUUGCAGGCUCGACCUGGGGUGGCGGUGGAACUAUCAACUGGUCUGCCGCAUUGCAAACCCAAGCCUACGUCCGUCAAGAAUGGGCUGAUACGGGACUGCCCUUUUUCACUUCGCUCGAGUUUCAACGCAGCUUGGAUCGUGUUUGUGAACGGAUGGGAGUCAACACAGAACACAUCGAACACAACCGCCAGAAUAACGUCGUCUUGGAAGGUGCUCGUAAGCUUGGAUAUGCCGCCAAGGCUGUUCCUCAAAACACUGGCAACAGCGAGCAUUAUUGUGGCUAUUGUACGCUGGGAUGUCACUCAGCAGGAAAGAAGGGUCCCACGGAAAGCUUCUUGGCCGACGCCGCUCGGGCUGGCGCGAUUUUCAUCGAGGGAUUCAAAGCAGAGAAAGUGCGUUUUCACAAGAAGCUUGAUCGUGGGAAGCGUGUCGCUGUUGGUGUAGAAGGUCUCUGGACCUCACGGGAUUCAUAUCUUGGACUGAGCGGCGAUGGGGCAGUCCAGCGAAAGUUGAUCAUCAACGCAAAGAAGGUAGUGGUCUCAUCAGGUACCUUGAACAGUCCACUGCUGCUUCUGCGAAGUGGGAUCAAAAAUGCGCACAUUGGAAAGAACCUGCACUUGCACCCAGUUAUGGGCGCUGGCGCAGUGUUUGACGAGUCGAUUCGUCCUUGGGAAGGGGGCGCUUUGACAACGGUUGUGAACGAGUUCGAAGACCUUGACGGGCAUGGCCAUGGCGUCAAGCUCGAAUGUGUCGCCAUGAUGCCUUCGCUUUAUAUUCCUGUCUUCCCUUGGCGAGACGGACUGGACUACAAACUUUGGGCUGCUGGCAUGAGCCGCAGCACCAGCUUCAUCACCUUGACUAAGGAUCGGGAUGGAGGUCGGGUCUUUCCUGAUCCUGUCGACGGUCGCCCGCGGAUCGAUUACACUGUAUCUCCUUUCGAUCGCCGCCACAUCGUGGAAGGAAUCAUUGCUGCGGCGAAGAUUGCGUACAUCACCGGGGCCAAGGAAUUCCACACAUCCUACCGUGAUAUUCAGCCGUUCAUUCGGCCAGACGCAUCCGAUCCCGAUGCGCCAGAGGGGACUAACGACGCUGCCCUGCAGAGCUGGAUUGCUGAGCUGCGGCGCAAAUCCCCCUUGAACCCCGAACGUGGUCUCUUCGCCAGUGCUCAUCAAAUGGGUACAUGUCGGAUGGGCAAAUCCCCCAAGCACGGUGUGGUAGAUCCGCAGUGUCAGGUCUGGGGUACCGAUGGUCUCUAUGUCGUGGACGCCUCGGUGUUCCCCAGUGCCAGUGGUGUGAAUCCCAUGGUCACGAACAUGGCCAUUGCUGACUGGGCCAGCCGCAAUCUCGCCAAGGCCAUGGGAAAUCCGCGGAGCGACCGCAAUGGCAUGGCCCGUCUGUGA